AUGACUUGUUACCAGUCCUUCAACUGUCCUGUUGUGAUGUUCAAUGCACCCUAUGGACCAUCUUGUGGCAAGAAGAUGGAAGAAACUGUGCCUCCUGUCCAGGAAGCAUUACAAGCACUAUCAGACAGCACAAUAUCCUCUGUAGUUUCAAACAGUUUGAGUUCCUAUGAUCAGGGAGGUAGCAUCGUCCUAUCCACCUGUAUCUAUAAUGGCUUGCAUCCAGAUGUGAAGCAGUCCUCUUCAACUGAACAAAAGGAACAAGAAGAUCCUCCUCAACACAAGGAUGACCCCUCAAGUGAAGCACCCAUAGCCCAAGGGACAAAUGGGGUUGAACCUGUGAUAAACCUCCACAUCAACAAUGUUGUUUGUUCUUUCAAUGUUCGAUGCCACCUUGAUCUGAAGUUGAUUGGCCUUAAUGGUCAGAAUGUUGAGUAUCGUAGGGAACAAAAUCGGGUGACUCUAAAACUGAGAAAACCUCAUGUCACUGCCAGUUUGUGGUCAUCUGGGAAAAUUGUUUGCACGGGAGCCCAAAGUGAGGAUUCAGCAAAGGUAGCUGCUCGACGCAUUGCGAGAGUCCUUCAAAAGAUGGGCUUUCGUGUGAAAUUCCGAAACUUCAGAAUUGUGAAUGUUUUGGGAUCCUGCUUUUUCCCAUUUGCCAUCAAACUCAAUGGUUUCUGCAUGAAGCAUAAAGAUGCCAGCUAUGAACCGGAACUUCAUCCUGGUGUCACAUACCGGAUCAAGAAGAGUAGAGCUACUUUGAAGAUCUUUUUCACUGGGAGUGUGACAGUCACAGCUCCCAGUGUGGAUGCGGUGAGAUCUGCAAUUGAGUACAUCUACCCCCUGGUAGCAGAAUUUCAGAUGAAGAGGGAAGAAUGCCCUGAUGCUGACUCUGCUGUUCAGGAGGAAAUCAUGAAGCAAUCUGAAGAUUUACCUGAAUUUUGAUGAUGACUAGAUGAAGUAAUGUUUAGGGUGUCCUUUAUGAAUAGUUGUGAAAAUUUGCAAGGCAAACAUAUUCUAUUUUGGUCUCUCAGGAGGGGGAUAAGAAAGAAAAGUUCUCACACUAUGACUCAGCUAUUCCAGUACCUCCUGUUUUCAUCAGGGGGUGUGAAUUCAAUCUUGGCCUUCUCUUGCAUUGAUUUCACUGGAUCUGUGAUGUGUAUUUAUUACUGUGUGUCCUGGAGGAGAACAAUAAUUGCUUAUGCAGCCAACAAGGAUUCUUGCAUCCAUGCAUUGAAAGGUGAUUUCUCUUUGCUUGACCUCAAAUUGCUUUUGAAAUCUGCAAGAAAAAUUUUCAUAGGAUAUCUUGAAUUUGUUGUAUGAAGGCAAAAGAGAGUGCAACUGACAAUCUAAGAAAAUGCAAAUGAUACAUUUUAUUUCUGUACCAUUUUCAUCGUACAGUAGGAAUCUAGCUGUGGCUGUGCAUGACUCAUUUUCCUGAAGUUUAAAGAAUGUCAUAUAUGCAGUCAGCUGACCUAUAUAAUAUGGUGUGAGUCAUCUUGAGCACAUGAGAAAUCCCCCUGGAAUGUAUUCAUUUCAGCCCAUGGUGGCAACUUGCACUUUGAGUCAGCUUGUGCCUUAGGCUCAUUAUAUUCAUGGGUAAGUAUGGGGUCAAGCAAAGGGAGAGCAAGAUUGUAUAGGAAUGGGCUUGUGAUGUACUAAUUUAAGUUCUUCUUUGACGCCUGUGUGAACUCUAUCAUGGAUAGGGGUUGUUCUAAGGCCUACCAUCUGUUUUGGAUAUGAAUAUGCUGAUUGUCACUAUCAAAAUUGCAUGUUCAACUGCACAUACCAAAAAUUGCACCUCUUAAAAUUUGCUUCUUACUGGAUAUUCCAUCAGAUUUGUAAUUCAUAUUGAUAGCUGUGCAUAAAGCCAAUUUAUUGCUACAUAUUUCUCUUAUUCAGGAGUUACAUGAAACCAGGAGAGAUGUUCUUUUGAUUGCCACCUCUCGUUGCCCAUUUCUCAAGAUUAUGUGUGACUGCUCUAAAGCCAUUCCCAAUUAGGAUUUUGAAUUUAUUUGGGGAAGCUAGCUUUUGAUGGGGAAAGAUAUCACACCUCUCAUUGUGGACAUGAUUUAUGGAUUAUGGCAGUAAGAACCAGUCCUUAAACAAAACCCUGUCACCCCAAGGGAAUAAUUACUUGAAAGAACUGAUUUUGUGAGCUGUCCCAUUGUAAUCAGUACUAUCAUUCUUAGUCAUUGCAAGAGAACUUAUUUACUGUAUGAUGGCAUUCCAUAAAGAAGAGAAAUCUCCCAUGUACCUGUCUUAUUAAAUACAAUAAGUCUGAUUUGAAGUUCUUACCUAUUUUUUGCCAUCCUAUAGUAUUGUUCCAAGUCAAAUUAUGAUUGAAUCUGCUAUUUUGUCAUCAGACAAGUAAAUUAGACUCAGGCAAUGAUGGGUAGGGUAUUGCUUUCUCUGAUCAUUGGCCAUGUGCAAGUGGAUGGAUUCAUUCCACCUUGGAGUUGUUUCAUGUUCCCCAUGAUUACAUUCUAUCAUUUGUCACAACAAAGUCAUGAGCUUGAAUGCACAAUAACCUGCAGUAUCUUUCUUCUUUUUUAAUUUAAAAUGUAAUUCAUGACUUCAUGGCAUCAGGGUAAUUUUUCUCACCUGUAACAGGUAUAACAGCAGUGGAGCUAUGAAAGAAAAAGCAUUAUGUGCUGUCGCUACUGUACCUGUCAUUUCAUUCAGGACCUUUAAAUAUAGAGAAGGUAGACCAACGUUCAUCUAAUCAGGAAGCAAAGUUUGCCCAUGUAAGAAAGAAGUUUAACUUGAAAAUAGAAAGUAACUGAACAAUACUGUAAAAAACGUCAUGUAUUUAUUUUUUCCCAUUCUUAUGAGAUGAGAUUUUUUGCACCCAGCUGAAGACUUAUUUAGCGUCUGCAUAUAUUUAUAGUGCUCCUCCAAUUUGAUAGACGGAAGGGGUCUGUUGUCAUCUUGCCACCACCCCUUUUUUGUUUUCCCACUAUUGGUUGCCCUCAUCUUGUACAAGAUGUAAAUAUUCGUUUCUUCCUGGGACCCUGUUUUAAAAGGUUGCCUCUACAGUAGGUUUCUUUUUUUGUUGGAUGCAGUACCUAGGAUGGAAGGGGGGGGGUUCCCCAGGAAUGAGUGCUUGAAACUCCUCAUAUGAAGUACAGAUUCUCUUGUGAAUUGGGUAGAGGUGUAUGAACUCUGGCAACCCUGGUGAUCAGGGUGGCGUUUUGGUAAAGAUAUGUGGAUCAGCAAGGCCAGUUUUACUGUCUUCCAUGAUCACUGUGCACUGUUUCAUUGACUGAGCAAGUUGAAAUCCUUCUUGCAGCUUCUCAUGCGUGUUUCAAUGCAGAUCCUUCACUUACCAUACCGUAUGAGUGUGAAUUAUAUAUUUAUCAAAGUGUGAUUGAUCAGCUCAAAAUCUUGCAGAGACUCAUGUGGUUUUUCUCCCAUUGUUGGUCAAGGGCUGUAUCAUGUAGUAGCAGUCAAAUCUGCUGUAAAGCAACAUGUUUCUUGGCAAGGAUGCAGAGGAGGCGUGCAAUAUCAUUUACAUACGUCCACUUGUCGCGCUCUGUUGUUUGUGAUGGUUGAACUUUUCAGAUCCAUGAAAAAUGUUAUAACCGUUUUGGAAUAAAUGAG